GAAAAAUGGGGAGAGAAGGUUGAGCACUCCUCCCACCCUAAGGAGUGGCCUUACUAGCUUAUCUUCUAGCUACUUUAAAUAGAUUAUGUCGUCCUUUAGCCAUUUACCUCUCUCUCUAUCCUUAUCCGUAUUACUGGAAGACAAACAUACAAGCUGAUCGAUGGACGAAGUAAGAAACACGGUGCUGAUUCCAUGUGCUAUUGCAGCGUUAAUAUGUAUAUGGAAGGUGGUGAACACAUUAUGGGUUACACCAAGGAAGCUAGAGAAGCAUUUGAGGAAUCAAGGUUUCAUAGGAAACAAAUACAGAUUUUUGUAUGGGGACACAAAAGAGAUGUCCAUGAUGUUUAGACAAUCAAGAACAAAGCACAUAAAUCUUGACGAUGAGGAUGGAGUUCUCCCAUAUGUCACUGGUUUCACCCAUCAAUCUCUUCAAAAACAUGGUAAAAAAUUCAUUACAUGGAUGGGAUGGAAACCGAGAGUGACUAUCAUGGACCCAGAGCUCAUCAAAGAUAUAUUGGGGAAACUAAACGACUUUAAAAAGCCGGAAAUCCACCCACUGGGACGCUUAUUGGCAACUGGAAUAGCGUCCUAUGAAGGGGAUAAAUGGGUUAAACAUAGAAAAAUAAUCAACCCAGCUUUCCAUUUGGAAAAGCUUAAGGAUAUGGCCCCAGCUUUUCAGUUAAGCUGCAAAGAAAUGCUUGUAAAAUGGGAGAUGCGUUGUUCAUCUACGGGGUCAUGUGAGUUGGAUGUUUGGCCUCACCUCCAGGCUUUAACCAGUGACGUGAUAUCCAGAACUGCAUUUGGAAGUAGUUAUGCAGAAGGAAUUCGGAUAUUUGAACUCAUAAAAGAACAAAGUGUACUUGCAAUGGAAGUAUUCCAGUCCAUUUACAUCCCUGGAUCCAGGUUUCUUCCAACAAAGCGUAACUCGAGGAUGAAGGCAAUAGAAAAAGAAGUUAAACUUUCUAUAAGGAAUAUCAUUGACAUGAGAAUUAAAGCAAUGAAGGCUGGAGAAGCUAACUACGACGAUCUGUUAGGAAUGAUGCUUGAAUCUAAUAUGAAAGUGGGCAACCAACAUCAAAACAAGAGUCAUGGAAUGACUAUCGACGAAGUUAUUGAAGAGUGUAAGCUUUUCUACUUUGCUGGACAAGAGACAACUUCAAGCUUGCUUGUAUGGACGAUGAUUUUGUUGAGUAAACAUAAAGAAUGGCAGUCACGUGCCAGAGAAGAGGUUAUAAACGUUCUCGGGGACAAAAAUAUGGAUAUAGAUGGGUUAAAUCAACUCAAAGUUGUUAACAUGAUCUUCUAUGAAGUAUUAAGGUUAUACCCCCCGGCAGAUGGGCUACUACGUAAAGUUGAUAAAGAUAUAACAUUGGGAGGAUUUUUGGUACCAUCGGGAGCGCUGAUUGGUUUGUCGAUCAUGCUAACUCAUUACGAUGAAGAAUAUUGGGGAAGUGAUGCCAAGAAGUUUAACCCCAGUAGGUUUUCUGAAGGAAUAUCCAAGGCGACCAAAAACCGGGUCAUUUAUUUUCCCUUUGGUUGGGGACCUCGAAUAUGCAUUGGACAAAACUUUGCACUAUUGGAAGCUAAAAUUGCCCUCGCAAUGAUCUUACAAAGAUACUCUUUCGAACUUUCACCAUCAUAUGUUCAUGCUCCUCGUACUGUUCUCAUUCUUCAACCCGGACAUGGUGCGAAUCUGAUUUUGCAUAAACUCUAAUAGUUUCUCUUCUUAGAGAUUAAUCGAGUUGAACAAUGUUUAUCUAUCUAAUGUAGUACAAACGUUACUUCAUAGAAAAAGGAACGUACAAUGCUUUCCAACUAAUAUAUCAAAGAAUAAACAUAAUCGUUGCAAGA